UGAUCAGCCGCCCAAAAGCGCGGGGUGGCUACGUAGGAGCCAGCUGGACAACUCAGCCAGCCAGGUCACAGUUUCUUCCACGUGGGGUCCACCUCCACCUCCACCCGCAUCGCAUUCAUCUCUGAUCACUCUCCACUUUCGACGCCACCACUCCACCGAUCCUCACACGCAACUUCACGAUGCAGGACCUUCACGAAAACGACGACAUUCAAGAUCAAGUUUCCGAUCCGCUUCAACUUCAACCCAAACCGGACUCUCCAAAACCCACCAAGCUCUCAGAAGGAGACCACAUCCACGUCGGUGCUCACCCUUUCAUGAUGGACGUCUUGCGCAAACAAGGGGAUCAAGCGGUUCUGUUUGCCGAUAAGGUUUUGAAGGUCACAGGAUCGGGGAAGAUGAAGAGCCGCAUUCUUAUAGCAACCGAUUUCGCGAUCUACAUUUUCGAUCUGGAGACCAAUUCGCUGAAGCGGAGGAUAGCGCUUGCGGCGGUUGAUAAGAUAUGUAUGAGUGAACUGAUCGACCACUUCUUCGUCGUUGUAAUCCCGACGGAGUAUGAUUUGCUGCUUGUUAGCACUCGCAAGAGCGAAAUAAUCACUGCCUUUGUUGAAGCCACCAUAAAAGCUUCUGAUUAUGAACUCGAAGUUGUUUCUUCCAAUAAGUUUGAGUAUAAUGCAGCAGCUGACUUGGUGAAGGAACUCGAAUUUGAAGAAGUUGAAGGGGGUGUGAAAACAAGAAUUAUGAGGAAGUGAAUUGUGGUUUGCAUUUUCCUUAGGAUGUCUGUAAACUUAGUAGGGCAUACUUACAGGUAAUUAGCUUUUCCUUUCAAAUGUUAAUUCAACCACUCUUCUGAUAGAAAAAGAAUCUAUAUUCUGUAAGUUUUUACCUUGAAACCAGAUUCAGCUGGAUGUAUGAAAUAUUGAAAUGUGAUUAUAUCAAUUUUUUUACAGCUAAAAAUGCAAGCAUUAGCUGCUCGCCCCCCUAUAUCUGUUCUGCUUUUUUCUUUUACAUAGACGUUGGCAUUUUGGUAGUCUAGUACUACCCACUAUGUUGAUGUUAAAUUCACCGCAGUUUUUCAUAUCCCCACCCCAUAGCAGAGUUUUAGUUUUCAUUGGCCUGAUAUCAUCUGUGAAGUUGCAAUUUGCAAACGCGGUUGAUAUAUGCUGAAGUGAAAUCUGAAGUGACUGGAAACAAAGCCUUUACAAAUAGUAUACACGGGGAUAAAAGUAAAACUAAUAUUAUUCGUUGUAGGAUCCACUAUUGAGAGAUGUACC